AGCGGCUCCCUGCGCGCCUGCGCAAGAGGGGAUUCCGCCCGGCGCCGCCGUACUUCAACAUGGCGACCUAGGCCGGCCGCGCCAGCGUCACCGCGGGCGGGAGGGCGAGCGAGGCCGUCGCGGCCGCUGUCGCCGUCAUGUCGCGGCACAGGAACGUCCGAGGAUAUAACUACGACGAAGACUUUGAAGAUGAUGAUGUGUAUGGCCAAUCAGUAGAAGAUGAUUAUUGCAUUUCUCCUUCAACAGCAGCUCAGUUCAUUUACUCCAGACGAGACAAGCCAGGCACGUUUGCUGAGCCAUUAGAAGAAGAAUAUGGCGAUGAAGGUACUGGUGCUGCUGCUGCUGAUUGUUUUACACCCACUCAUCAGUUGACUGAAGUUGAUAGAGCUCGUCUUAAUUCAUGCCUUGAUCAAAUGAGAGAAGUUUUGGCGGAGUCCAUACCGGAGCAAACAAUGGUGCAAGCAGCACUGGAUACUAAAUUCGAUGUACAAAAGGCUUUGGAUCUUGUGCUUUCACAAGGCUGUAAGCAAAAUGUGAAGACCAAGAAUAAGGAUGCUGUGAUUUUAGCAAAGACUACAAAAGGAAAAACAAGGGAUUCCCAGUCAGCCAGAAUGGAAUCUGAAAUUGUGCCAAAAAUUGCCAAAAUGACAGUGUCUGGAAAGAAACAAUCUAUGGGAUUUGAAGUUCCAUGUGCAAUUGCUGAGGAAAAUGGCCACACUAAUACACCUCAGAAAGGACUGUUACCUGAAGAUGCCAGUAUAGCUUCUGGGGCACUUGAGGCUGUCUCAAAAUCUACUCCUUCACCCCAAGUAGUGCAGGUUUCAGAAGAGCAGAAUAUGGUGCCUACUCCAGCAAAAAAGUCAAGCAAGGCAAAACCACAAAUAGAUGUGAAAGCAGAGUUGGAGAAGAGACAAGGAGGAAAGCAACUGCUGAAUUUGGUGGUAAUAGGACAUGUUGAUGCAGGCAAAAGUACUUUAAUGGGUCAUUUGCUGUACCUUUUGGGAAAUGUGAACAAAAGAACGAUGCACAAAUACGAACAGGAAUCUAAAAAGGCUGGUAAAGCUUCAUUUGCCUAUGCAUGGGUCUUGGAUGAAACUGGUGAAGAAAGAGAAAGGGGAGUGACAAUGGAUGUGGGUAUGACCAAAUUUGAGACACCAACUAAAGUAAUUACACUGAUGGAUGCUCCAGGCCACAAGGACUUCAUUCCAAAUAUGAUCACAGGAGCAGCACAGGCUGAUGUGGCAAUUUUGGUUGUGGAUGCCAGCAGAGGAGAGUUUGAGGCAGGAUUUGAGACGGGUGGACAAACUAGAGAACAUGGAUUAUUAGUGCGCUCUCUGGGAGUGACACAGUUGGCUGUUGCUGUCAAUAAAAUGGACCAGGUCAAUUGGCAACAGGAAAGAUUUCAGGAAAUUACAAAUAAGCUUGGCCAAUUUCUUAAGCAAGCUGGCUUUAAGGAGUCAGAUGUGGCUUAUAUCCCAACAAGUGGCCUUGGUGGUGAAAAUCUAGUCACAAGGGGUCAGUCAAGUGACCUCACACAAUGGUAUAAAGGAAAGUGUUUGUUGGAGCAAAUUGAUUCUUUCAAGCCACCACAGAGAUCAGUGGAUAAACCAUUUAGACUGUGUGUUGCUGAUGUUUUUAAAGACCAAGGUUCAGGAUUUUGUGUGACUGGUAAAAUAGAAGCAGGCUAUAUUCAGGUUGGAGAACGACUUCUGGCAAUGCCUCCCAAUGAAACUUGCACUGCAAAAGGAAUCACACUGCACGAUGAACCAGUUGAUUGGGCUGCAGCAGGAGAUCACGUUAGUCUCACUUUGACCGGCAUGGAUAUCAUCAAAAUCAAUGUGGGCUGUGUAUUUUGUGAUCCCAAGGAACCCAUUAAAGUUUGUACUCGGUUCAGAGCUCGGAUUCUCAUCUUCAAUAUUGAGAUUCCAAUCACUAAAGGAUUUCCUGUGCUUUUACACUAUCAAACAGUAAGUGAACCUGCUACUAUUACAAGACUGUUGAGUGUCCUGCACAAAAGUACUGGUGAAGUGACAAAGAAAAAACCUAAGUUCUUGGCUAAAGGCCAGAAUGCUCUAGUAGAGCUACAAACUCAAAGACCUGUUGCUCUAGAGUUGUACAAAGAUUUUAAAGAGCUGGGGAGGUUUAUGUUACGCUACAGUGGUUCCACUAUUGCUGCAGGAGUUGUUACAGAGAUUAAAGAAUGACAGUGGUGACAGAAUUUCCACCGUCCAAGCAAAACUCAAUCAGAUAUCCAAACUUCUGAGUAAGAAUCCAGUUAUUUCAGUUGAAGGAACAAGUGCAAUUAACUGGGGAGAAGAUGGUGGUGACAAAAGUCGAAUUGUGUGAGACAUCUGGGGAUCCCUUCAUCAGUCUCUCCUGCUGCAGAACAAGAUGCCAACUGACAAGGAACUGCAAGUGUUGCACUUCUUGAUCUGAAGAAUCUCAUGAGUUUCUCCAUGUGGAAUUUAGCCCUUAGAGAAGUUGAUGGAAAAAUAUUAGAAAGCUGAAUUAGAGAAAAAGAUGAUGAAUUAUCAUGAAACAAACUUCUUACUUACAGACAUAAAUUGUUUACAUAUUUUCUUUGAUUGCUUUUUUGCUGCACAUUAAUUCAGUAAAGUAACUUUAUUGGUCUAAAAUAUUUUUAGGUUUGAAUUGAAUGCAUAUUCAGGGAAAAAAAAAACAAACCUAUUUACCUUGUUUUCAAGAGAAUGGCAUGUAGUAUUAUCAUGGGAUUGCUUUCCCUGUCCCAGAAUUUAUUUAAGAAAAAAGAGAUUUUCUUUUGCUGUGUAGUGGAAGCUGUGCCAAAUUUGGCUAAUUUUAUUUUUUAAACAGUGAGAAUAAUAAAAUAAAUUUGUCUGAGCA